AUCUUAUUUAGCGCAUGUUUAAGAAAGUAAACGUCACACCAUGUAAGAUCUUACUCGGCUUCUUUAAGUUGUACCGAUUUUACAAAUUAAGCUGCAAAUCCAGUGCAGGCGGCCAUCUUGGAAAAUCCCUUUUCACAUUUCGAACGAAUGAAGUGUCCAAUAUCGAUAUUUGCUUCGUUCUUAUGCCGUCGAACAGAAAAUUUUACAGAAGAAUUGAGCUUUCCAACGGAAGCUAGAUUUUUCACUGCAAUCAUACAAUUAGAACGUAAAAAUCGAUUUCGCGCCAUUAAACGGUAUUAUUCACUAUAGCUACAUUUAAACGCAAGAAAAGUAUAGGAACCAGUUGCAAUUGAAACAACUUGUACAUACUAUAAGAAACGGGUAUGCGAAUUUUUCUGUCAAAAACUGUUGGAAAUAAUAUAAGCAAAACGGCUUCGCAAAAAAAAUCGUCUAAGAAGAUGGCGGAGACCAAAGAAUUAGAGAAUAUGGUAUUGAGUUUUCGAGUAUCUGAACUUCAGAUGCUUCUUGGUUUUGCUGGUAGAAAUAAGUCCGGUAGAAAAACAGAGUUACAAACACGUGCGCUAGAAUUGUUACGUUUGAGAUCCCAUCCAGUUCAACUCAAAAUACGUGAACUAUAUAAAACCAUACAAGCUGAUCAACUUGCGUCACAUCAAAUGUACGGUCAAACAGGUGGUUCUGGGGAACCACAAAUUGAUCAAAACAUGCAAUCCAGAAAUUAUUAUACUAGGCAAAUCAGUCAGCAGCUGCAACAGUCAGCAGUCUCCAGUGGGAAAGAUCUUCCCCCAGCACAUCAGGCAUCGCUACCAACACCUAGAACUAAUCCAGUUUAUCAAACCACAGGCUACACCAGUGUAACACCACAACAGACAACAAGUGCUGCUUAUAGUCCAUAUCCAUAUCCUCCAAAAGUUCUACCCUCACCAUUACAAAUACAACCUAGAAGUCAGUAUCCUGUUCAUCCAGAUGUUAGACUUAAAAAGCUCCCAUUUUACGACUUACUCGCCGAAUUACUGAAACCGUCUAGCUUGAUGCCUCAGGGAUCUAUGAGACUUCAGGAAAACACGUUUAUGUUUCAUUUAACACCACAACAAACGACAGACAUAGCUAGUUCACGGGAUUGUCGGGCGGGGAGUAAAAUUGACUAUAGUGUACAGGUACAAAUGCGAUUUUGUUUACAAGAGACCUCAUGUGAACAAGAAGACUGUUUUCCACCUAGUAUUGCAGUGAAAGUUAAUGGAAAACUGUGUCCUUUACCUAAUCCUAUACCUACAAAUAAACCGGGGGUGGAACCAAAGAGACCACCGAGGCCUGUUCAGAUUAGCGCUUUAAUUAAAUUAUCGCCAACCGUAACGAAUCACAUCCAUGUCACAUGGUCGGCUGACUACGGAAGACGGUAUGCAAUUGCAGUGUACCUAGUUAGAAAAUUAUCAAGUGCUGAGCUAUUAUCAAGAUUAAAAUGUAGAGGCGUGCGACACUCGGAUUACACAAGGGGCUUAAUUAAGGAAAAACUGAACGAGGAUGCGGAUAGCGAAAUAGCAACAACGUCGCUCCGGGUGUCGUUAGCGUGUCCAUUAGGAAAAAUGCGAAUGAUCACGCCCUGUCGAUCGUCCACAUGCUCACAUUUGCAAUGCUUUGACGCCUCGUUGUUCCUGCAAAUGAACGAGAGAAAGCCCACAUGGAGUUGUCCAGUUUGCGAUAAGCCAGCGUUGUACGAUAAUCUCGUUAUCGAUGGCUAUUUCCAGGAGGUACUCAACUCCAAGAAAUUGCUACCGGAUGUAAAUGAGAUUCAGCUUCUUCAGGAUGGUUCUUGGGAAAAUUUAGUCUUGAAAAAGGAGAAAGACAAAGACAAAUCUGAAACUACGAAAGUAGUCACAAACUCGCAAGAUCGCAAGAUCGCUGUGGACACAGUGGAUCUCGCUAAUAUCUGGGUUUGCAAUUUAGAUGAAAGCAAUCCUGCACCGCCGAAGGAAAAGAAACGAGCUGUUGUAAUUGAUUUAAUAUCAGAUAGCGACGACGACGAUGAAAACAAUACACCGACACAGAGUACAAAGAAGCAUGCUUGCGGAACAUCCUCGCCAAAAAAAUCGCAGACCAGCUCUAUUAGCAGUACUAGUGAUUCGCCAGAAUUGAUGAUAAUUGAUUUAGAAUAAAGCAAAGUUUUUUAUAUUUAUCUCUAAAAAUGACACUGCCAAAUGUUUAAUGUUCGUAUGAAUCGCGUAUAGAAAAAAAUGCAAGACAACCGUUGAUUAGUUUCGUGAUUGUCUGAAGUAAAAUUGUCGUCAUUUUGGAGUUAAUCUCGGUAUCAUUAUUAUGUUUUUACUUUUGGUACUGAAAGGGAAAGAGAUGCUUUAGUGAGUGAGUUGAAUUAUAUUCAAUUGCAUUCCGUUCUAUCAUUAUUUCGUAUAGCUUAUUUAGCAUUCGGUAGAGGAAAGAAGAGAAAACAUAUGGGGAGACUGAUGGGUUUCGUCGAAACGAAAAAAGAUAUUUUAAUACACUUUUAAUCAUUGUAGAGUGGUCAUUCCGUCGGUGUCAAUCAACGGAAUAAAAAAAGACUAAUCGCUUGUUUCGUA